GUUGUUCAUGCGUCUUACGAUGCAAUCCAGUCACUCAGGAACAGCCGCAAGAAACUCCUGCCACUUGUUGGACUUGUUGGACACCUAACCAGUAAAUUGGCUCCUCACUAAUCAAUUCAAAAACCUCCAUUCGACUUAGAAAUCAUGACUGAAGCGGUAGCGGACAUUGCGCUGAUCGGCCUAGCCGUGAUGGGACAGAACCUCAUCCUGAACAUGAACGAUCACGGGUUUGUCGUCUGUGCCUACAACCGCACGACGAGCAAGGUCAAGGACUUUCUUGAGAACGAAGCCAAGGGCACUAAGGUCGUUGGUGCAUACAGUCUCGAGGAGAUGGUCAGUAAAUUGAAGAAACCACGCAGAGUCAUGGUACUUGUGAAAGCUGGUCCAGCAGUGGACACCUUCAUCAACAGCCUAGUUCCCCUCCUGGCCCCGGGUGACAUAAUAAUCGACGGUGGAAACUCCGAAUAUCAGGACACAAAAAGACGUUCCGAAGAGUUAGAAAAAUAUCAGAUACUCUACGUUGGCUGUGGUGUGAGUGGCGGUGAGGAGGGGGCGAGAUACGGCCCCUCCCUGAUGCCCGGGGGCAAUCCCAAGGCAUGGCCAGCGAUAAAACCAAUUUUCCAGGCAAUCUGUGCCAAGGCCGAUGGAGAGCCUUGCUGCGAUUGGGUAGGUGAGACUGGAGCUGGACAUUUUGUCAAAAUGGUGCACAAUGGAAUUGAAUAUGCCGACAUGCAGCUCGUCUCCGAGGCUUAUCAGCUCAUGAGGGAUGGCCUGGGGCUCAGCCAGGGAGAAAUGGCCGCGGUAUUCGACGAGUGGAACAGGGGAGAGCUCUCGUCGUAUCUCAUAGAAAUUACUCGCGAUAUACUCAAUUACAAGAACGAGAAGGGUUACCUCUUGGAGAGAAUUCGUGACACUGCGGGGCAAAAGGGCACUGGCAAGUGGACAGUCAUUGCUGCACUGGAGUACGGUGUGCCUGUCACUCUCAUCGGGGAGUCUGUGUUCGCCAGGUGUUUGUCGUCGUUGGCUAGUGAGAGGGUUGAAGCUCACUCGAUAUUCGGGGAUGAGCAGAUCGAGGCUUUCAAGGGGGAUAAGAAAGUCUUUCUCCAGGAACUGAAGAAUGCCAUUUAUCUGGCGAAAAUUGUGUCCUAUGCUCAGGGGUUCAUGCUCCUCAGGGAUGCCGCCAAAAUGAACAAUUGGAACUUGAACUAUGGGGGGAUCGCUCUCAUGUGGAGGGGUGGAUGUAUUAUCAGAAGUGUUUUCCUCGGAAACAUAAAACAAGCCUUCGAAAAAAAUCCAAAACUAUCGAAUCUCCUGUUCGACGAUUUUUUCGCAAAAGCCGUGAAAAGAUGUAGAAAGAAUCUUCGAGACGUUCUAGCAACAGCAGACACCCUGGGCAUUCCAACUCCAGUACUCUCAGCCGCUCGUAACUUCUACGACAGCAUUCGCCGCAAUCGCCUACCCACUAAUCUCAUCCAGGCGCAGAGGGAUUACUUCGGUGCCCAUACCUACGAACUCGUGGAUGAUGUGGGACGAUUUGUACAUACAAACUGGACUGGAAAGGGUGGCAAUACAUCAGCAUCGACGUACGAUGCUUGAGAUAAUUAUUUUUUUUACUAGGAUUAAUUUCAAUGCAGUCCACAGUGAACAAAUGAACGUGAGGUACGGUGUGAUGUGAUUUCCCAAAUAGUAUGAUUGGGUAUUUAAGGAUAUUCCACGUUUUUAUAUGUCAAUGAGGUCUUUAAAGUGACAACAAUAAAGUUGUUGGAGAAUUUAA